AUGAUAUGUAAACAGUUUUACCAGGAGGAGAAUAAUAAUGAGAUAAAUGAACUAUCAAAAGACUUUUCUGAAAUGGGUUGUAUAGUAGAUGCAGUGAAGAAACCACCAAAUAUCUGUAUCGAAACAUGUGUAUAUGAAGAUUCUGAGUCUGAUAAUGAUAAUAGUAUUGCAAAUAAUGAUGAUGAUAAUGAUAAUGAAGAUGUUCAUUAUUCUGAUGAAUUUGAGGAAGAAGAUAUAAGUGAGAUAGAGUUAGAAAAUAAUAAGAAUAGAGUACCUUUAAGUAAUGGUACUAGUAAAAUACAGGUCGCAGCUCCAGCGAAACUGAUAAAGAGUCAAUCAUCAAUGUCUAGUCAAAAGCCGCCAUCAGUGUCUGGUAGAUCUACAGACUAUGGGUCAGUCUCAGUGCCUCCAACACGACGAAUCAACAUGUCUUUCACGAACGAUAGAUUACGCGAAAUAGAAAGGCAUAAUCAUAUACUUUUAAAUAAAAUUCUAAGUGUGAGAAACAAGAAGAAGUCCACAAUCCCGACAAAGGAACAAACAACAAAACGACCACUGCCUCCUGCGGCUGUACACAGAAAGAUGCAACAGAGAAAAAUUGAACAUGACAAUAUGAUCCUGUUGAAGAAAAUCCAGCGCGCGAAAUCGUCCGCGUGCAGCAUCCGCCGU